AUGAAGCGGUUAGCCAAAAUCCCCACGUCGGGGUCUUAUCCUAUUGGGUUCCGUGCUGGUGCCAAGCACUGUGGAGUGAAGAAGGACCCGAGCAUCAAAGACUUGGCUGCCAUUGUUAGCGACAGGCCCUGCACUGGUGCUGGUGUGUUUACCUCCAAUGCGUUCAAGGCUGCUCCUGUCCAGGUCGAUCAAGCGAUUCUAAAGUCCACAAAGGGCCAUGGGUUCCGGGCCAUGGUAGUAAACAGUGGCUGCGCAAAUGCGGUUACCGGCCAGGGCGGAAUUGCCGAUGCAAAGGCCAUGAUGAAGGUAACUGACGAGGUCAUUGGUUCGUCGUCUGAAAGCACUUUCGUUAUGUCCACAGGUGUCAUUGGCCAGCGUCUUCCGAUUGACAAAAUUUUGACCGGUAUCAAGUCUCUAGUGCCUGCUAUUGGUGGUACACACGACGAUUGGCUCGACUGUGCCAAGGGCAUCAUGACCACGGACACUUUCCCCAAGCUUGUUUCUGCAUCUUUUGAAGCCAGCGGCCAAAAAUAUAAUAUCGCUGGCAUGGCAAAGGGUGCCGGUAUGAUUCACCCUAAUAUGGCUACUUUGCUAGGCGGACUUUUCACCGAUGCCCCCGUUGCAGCCGAUGCUUUGCAGUCGGCUCUGAAAGAGGCAGUCAACAAAUCCUUUAAUUCUAUCUCUGUUGACGGUGAUAUGUCUACCAAUGAUACUAUUGUUGCACUGGCUAACGGAGCUGCUGGUGGUCCGGAGAUCACCAUUAGUUCCCCCGACUACCCUACCUUUGUUGCCAUCAUGACCGAAUUGGCAACUGAUUUGGCUAAACUAGUUGUUCGUGAUGGCGAGGGUGCGACAAAAUUUGUGCAAAUCUCCGUUACGGGUGCGGCCUCGGAUGCAGAAGCCAAAACAGUCGCUUCAAAUAUCUCUCAAAGUAUGCUGGUCAAGACAGCUCUUUACGGUAGAGACGCUAAUUGGGGGCGUAUUCUUUGUGCCACCGGUUACUCUGGCGUUCAAAUUGAUCCAUACAAAACGAGCGUGUCGUUUAUUCCUACGGACGGCUCCAAAAAGUUGGAUCUUCUCGUUAAUGGUGAGCCAGAGGCCGUAGACGAAGCUCGCGCCAGUGAAAUUCUCGAGAUGCAUGACCUCGAAAUUGCCGUUGACCUAGGCCUCGGAAGCGGCAGUGCCACGUUCUGGACGUGUGAUCUUUCGCACGAGUAUGUGACUAUCAAUGGCGAUUACCGCAGUUAA